AAGGAGAAAUCAUAGAGAAGAAUAUAGGUAUAUCUGUAUAUGAAGAUGCCCCACCACACCACACUACCACCAAACUCAGCUGGUUGUUGCUGUUAAAUUCAAGCUUAAGGCACCCCCACCACCUGUCGGCAGCUACUCUUUUUAGGGAGAGUGUGUGUGGGUCUUCUAUUUGGAGGCUGAGAAAACGAGGGAGAUUGAAAGGAAAGGAUUGAAGUAAAGCUAAGAGUAAGACAGAGGGAAGAGAAGUGUGAGGCUGGUUUUGAGUUCGUGGGAUUCAAUGUUGGUCCAAGAUCGUUCAACUCCGAAAUCACCAAAAGCCCAUAUCAGAGCGCUUCAUUCUCUACACCCAGAUCGCUUCACUGAGCCCAAAAACCUCGAUUUCUCUACAUGGUUCUCCGAAAACCUCUACAAGAUCGUCACCAUUUCGCUCCUAAUCGCCACAGUCGCAGCUCUCUUCUUCCUCCGCAACGUCGCCGACACCGCUGCUCUCGUUUCCUACGAAACCCAAGCGAAGAGCCUUGAGAAGAUCGAAUUCCCUCAAAUUAAUUGGAAUUCAGUCGCGCUCGUUUCAGAUAAGUCCCCUUACGCGAAUUUUCGAUCCGAGAGAUGGAUUCUUGUUUCGGUGUCGAAUUAUCCGACCGAUUCGCUUCGGAAACUCGUGAAGAUUAAGGGCUGGCAGGUCCUCGCAAUUGGCAAUUCGAAGACGCCUUCAGAUUGGAGCCUCAAAGGUGCGAUCUUUUUGUCUUUAGAACAGCAGGCGAAUUUAGGGUUUCGGGUAGUGGAUCACCUCCCUUAUGAUUCCUUUGUUAGGAAAAAUGUUGGGUAUCUUUUCGCGAUCCAACAUGGCGCAAAGAAGAUCUUUGAUGCUGAUGAUCGUGGGGACGUGAUUGAUAACGAUCUCGGAAAGCAUUUCGAUGUAGAAUUGAUUGGUGAGGGUGCUAGGCAAGAUAUUAUACUGCAAUAUAGUCACGAAAACCCUAAUCGGACCAUUGUGAAUCCCUAUAUUCAUUUCGGUCAGCGGUCGGUUUGGCCGAGGGGAUUGCCAUUGGAAAAUGUAGGCGAGAUUGGGCAUGAAGAAUUUUACACUGAGGUGUUUGGUGGCAAGCAAUUUAUACAGCAGGGAAUUUCAAAUGGCCUCCCUGAUGUUGAUUCAGUGUUCUAUUUCACCCGAAAACCAGGUUUGGAGGCCUUUGAUAUUAGGUUUGAUGAGCACGCUCCCAAAGUGGCCUUACCUCAAGGUACAAUGGUGCCCGUUAAUUCUUUCAAUACGCUUUAUCAUUCUUCAGCAUUUUGGGCUUUGAUGCUUCCUGUUUCUGUUAGUACAAUGGCUUCUGAUGUGUUAAGGGGUUACUGGGGACAGAGGCUUUUGUGGGAAAUUGGUGGGUAUGUUGUGGUUUAUCCCCCUACAGUUCAUCGAUAUGAUAGAAUUGAAUCAUACCCAUUUUCGGAAGAGAAAGAUCUUCAUGUGAAUGUAGGUCGUUUACUCAAGUUCUUGGUUUCAUGGAGGUCAAGUAAACAUAGAUUGUUCGAGAAGAUAUUGGAGUUAAGUUAUGUUAUGGCUGAGGAGGGAUUUUGGACUGAGAAGGAUGUGAAGUUUACGGCUGCUUGGCUUCAGGACUUGCUUGCCGUUGGGUACCAGCAACCAAGGCUAAUGUCACUAGAAUUGGAUCGACCAAGGGCAAGCAUUGGUCAUGGGGACCGGAAGGAGUUUAUUCCUCAAAAACUACCAUCAGUCCAUCUCGGAGUUGAGGAAACAGGGGUGGUGAAUAACGAGAUUGGGAGUUUGAUUCGGUGGAGGAAGAAUUUUGGUAAUGUAGUGCUUAUCAUGUUCUGCAGUGGGCCUGUGGAACGUACUGCACUGGAGUGGCGAUUGCUUUAUGGCAGGAUAUUCAGAACUGUAGUUAUUUUGUCAGAGCAGAAGAAUGCAGAUCUUGCUGUUGAAGAAGGGCGCUUGGACUUUGUAUACAAGCAACUGCUCAAUAUAUUUUCUCGCUUUACAAGCGCAGAAGGUUUUUUAUUCCUUCAGGACAAUACCAUUCUUAAUUACUGGAAUUUGCUGCAAGCAGACAAGAGCAAUCUGUGGAUUACAGACAAGGUAUCCAAGUCUUGGUCAACUGUUUCGACCAGUGGCAACUCAGAUUGGUUUUCAAAGCAAGCUGAUAUGGUAAAGAAAGUAGUCAGCAUGAUGCCAGUUCACUUCCAAGUCAAUUACAAGGAAACUAUAAACAGUGACCAGCUCCUCACAGUAUGCAGCUCUGAUGUAUUUUACAUUCCUCGGCGCUUCAUUGCUGACUUUACCGAGCUUGUUAAUCUAGUGGACAAUCUGGAAAUCCAUCACAAGGUUGCAAUACCCAUGUUCUUUCUAUCAAUGGAUUCACCUCAGAAUUUUGACCCAGUUCUUAGUAGGAUGAUUUAUGAAGAAAACCCAUCUUCUACCAAUUCCUCAACAUUUUAUUCUGACAAAGUACCAGCUGUUCACCCCUGGAAUGUGUCAAGUGAGCAAGAGUUCAUAAAGCUGAUUAGAAUCAUGGCAGCAGGUGACCUUCUUCUGCUGGAGUUAGUUUGAAGGCAAAGAGAGGUUUUUGAUUCAGGGGCAAACCCAAGAGAAAGGAAGAAAGAACAUGUACCACCUUGUUAGUUGUUACACCAAGUUCUGUAAUUUUUUUCUUUUUUCCUGGGGUGGGGGAGGUUUCCUAUUUUCUUUUCCCUUUUGUAGAUUACCUUGUAUGAUUCAUUUACUGGUUGGGGAUCUCCUCCAAAAAGAAUUGUUACCUUUUCCACUAGUUUGUGGGUAUAUGAAAAAAAAUGUUUUGUUGGCAGUCCAA